CUCAAUUGAAGGAAAGGCGGGAGCCUGGAGGUGGUUUUGUUAGCCAAGGCUAUACGGCGUCGUAUCUGCUUGCUCAAUCUUCUCAAACUCAAACAUCCGAUUUCGAGUGUUUCUGUUUUGAGUUUUCCCUCUCAUACACUCUCCAGUCUCCACUCCACUCUCUAUUCUUAUCCAGUCUCCGCUCCUCCUCUUCACUAAAAAAUCCACAGCUUCCUCCGCCAGAAUCCAAGUGAAACCGGCGGCGUCCUCACAAUCGAGCUCUAACCCCCUCGGGAGCUUGGAUCAGUCGACCUUAAUUCUUUCAGCUUCUAGGCUUUAUCGGGGAGCAGGAGCAAAGAUAUAAACCCUAACUCGGUCAAAACCGGCUCACCUUCUUCCAGCUGCUGGGCAUUUCCAGGAACGAUGGCGGAUUUACUUGGGGGAACCAAUCUGGACAAGUUAAUGUCGUUUAGUGACGAUCUGGUGGCGGUGUUGAAGAAGCAAACCAGCAUUCAUUCCUUGGCCCAAUGUCUUGACGAGUCGAAAGCUCUUCACACCUUUUCUGAGGCGGAAUUCGACGAGGCCCACACCCAGCUCGAAGAUUACGAGAGAAAGAUAGAGGAAUGCAAGCGGAAGACUCAAAAGGCAAAACUGGAGGUGCGUGAUGAAGCAGAGAUAGACCUUUUACAGAAGGAGUUGGAAGCUGAGCUCGAAAAGGAACUGAUCAACAAUCAGAUCAGUGAUUUAGAGCAGCGAAGGGGCUCCGUUGACGAGCAAAUUCAAUUGAGAAAGAAACUGGAUCGAGAAGAGUCGAGGGCACAGAAGAAGCUUUCGAUGUAUGCUUCUGUGACGAAUAUCAUUCCCGACUUGGGCGAUCGUUCCAAUAUCUCAGGCCAUAUAGUAGACCUGGAUAAGAGGAUGGUUGAGAAGUUUGAGUUCAACCCAGCAGAAUCAACUCCAUUUGAAACAUGUGAGAGCAUUUGGAAGUUGAUAAAUCACCGAUAGGCAUUCAAACAUCCAUCGGUUCCUUCAGAGCUCUCUGAUCUGUUUCCUGCUGAUCUGGUUCCAUGGAGAUAGUGUGUGUGUGUGUGUUACUAACACCUUUUCUGUACCAUAUGUCAUUGUAGUUAUUAGUUCGAAAGAACCAAUGACCAUGAAAUCUACAAUUCUUAACAUAUCAGUAAUAUCCCAGGGUGCUUCCCUGCUCUCCUCUUUUCAUCCACCUCUGGCUCUGCUGAUCAGUGAUUUCCGGAAAAGCGUCCUCUCUGUGUCUCUUACUUUCUAUAAUGUCAGUGUUAUUUUUGAACUAUGACGCAGUAAAGAUUUACCUAGGGU